GUUUACUCUGGUUCUUUUUCAUGGCUGACGUUCGAAGGAAUUAACUGCAGUCAUGAAGUUGAACGUCUCAUACCCGGCAACGGGAUGUCAGAAGUUAUUUGAAGUGGUUGAUGAACAUAAGCUCCGUAUCUUUUACGAGAAGCGUAUGGGUGCUGAAGUGGAAGCCGAUCAACUAGGAGAUGAAUGGAAGGGUUAUGUUCUCCGCGUCGCUGGCGGCAACGACAAGCAAGGAUUCCCCAUGAAACAGGGUGUGCUCACGAACAGUCGUGUCCGCCUGCUUAUGUCAAAGGGUCAUUCAUGUUAUAGACCACGUCGUGAUGGAGAGAGGAAACGAAAAUCUGUUCGUGGAUGCAUAGUUGAUGCUAAUCUCUCUGUCUUGGCUCUUGUUAUUGUCCGCAAGGGUGCCCAAGAAAUCCCUGGCUUAACUGAUGGAAAUGUACCUCGCCGCCUUGGUCCUAAACGUGCAUCCAAGAUCCGCAAAUUAUUCAAUUUAACUAAGGAAGAUGAUGUCCGCCGCUAUGUUGUCAAACGUCUCCUCCCAGCAAAAGAGGGCAAAGAAAAUGCAAAACCGAGAUAUAAGGCCCCCAAAAUACAGAGGUUAGUGACCCCUGUAGUAUUGCAGCGCAGACGCCACCGUCUAGCUCUCAAGAAGAAACGCCUGGCUAAACGCAAGGCAUCUGAAGCUGAAUAUGCCAAACUGUUGGCCCAGAGAAAGAAGGAGUCUAAGGUUCGCCGUCAAGAAGAGAUCAAGCGUAGGCGAUCUGCUUCAAUGCGCGAUUCAAAGAGCUCUGACAAGAGUGCGCCGCAAAAGUGAUUUACACAAACAAUAAAAAAAUAUUAAAACCUA